GCAUCCGAGGAACUUUUCCUGAAGUGAGUCGAAUGGGUUUUGCGGAGCUUUAGAAAAAAUAAACCCCAAUACGGAUGGUUUUUGCAAUACGAUGAGUGGACGCUAUUUACACGGAAAAGCGCAAUCGCUUACUUUAAAUCAGCGAAUUAAUAGGACAAUACAGUUUAUUCCCAGCUGGGAUGAGAGCAGUUCCAUCAGCAGCGGUUUGAGUGAUGGCUCUGACAACCUGAGCUCAGAGGACCUGAACGCAAGCUCCUCCCUCAACUCCCUCCCGACCACACCCACUGGCUCGCGACGCAACUCGUCCGUCAUGUUGCGUACUGACGCUGAGAAGCGCUCGCUGGUGGAGAGCGGGCUGGCCUGGUACAGCGAGGAGGGCAAGGUGGCGCGCAAACUGGACGCGGGCGGCGCCUACGACACGGAGCUGAAGACCGAGCCGACCAGCCGCUGGAAGAAGAGCCGGCCACUAGAGGGCGCCGCUCACGACAAGGGCCGCGAGGUCAAGAAGCCCCAGAGCCUGGGCCAGCCGGGGAACUUCAGGAAGGGACGCAACCCGCCUAUAGGGGUCACCUCGCCCAUCACACACACCUCACAGAGCGUGCUCAAGGUCGCAGCAGUUCCAAAGGGCGACUCCAAGCUGGGGGACAAGGCCAAGAUGGCGGUGAAGGGGACCAGUCUGCAGCGCUCGUGUUCUGACGCGGGACGAGACCGCGGCGAGCAUCGCAAGCCCCCCUCGGGAUUGGUCAAGCCCUCGGCGGGGGGGUCCUUCGGCUACAAGAAGCCGCCGCCGGCCACCGGCACCGCCACCGUCCUGACCGCGGGGGGCGCCACCAUCUCCAGCGGCUCGGCCACGGUGGGCAAGGUGCCCAAGUCCUCGGGCAUCCCCAUCAAGCCUGUGAUGCCCGGCGGCGUGGGCGGGUUGGCAGCGGGCGCCGGCGGGCGCAAGAACAGCUUCGACGCGUCCAGCUGCCACGAGCAGGGCUUCGCCCGCUCCAGCCUCCAGUACCGCAGCCUGCCGCGGCCCGCCAAGUCCAGCGCCCUGAGCCUGACCGGGCACCGCCCCUCCUCCGCCUCGCGACCCGUCAGCGGCGCCCUGGACGGCGGCCUGAUGCCCCUCAAGCCCAUGCCCAGCUCGCCCAUGUUGCCGGCGGGCAGCGGGUCGGUGGGGCGCGGCGGCAGCGCCAAGGGGCGCAGCGGCAGCACCAGCGGCGGCGGCGGGAUGGGCGGGAUGGGCGGCCCGGUCAACCAGACGGACCGCGAGAAGGAGAAGGAGCGGGCCAAGGCCAAGGCCGACCUGCUGGAGAGCGCGUGCCUGAAGGCCGAGCUGCAGGCGGACAGCGCAGGGGAGGCGCUCACUAAGGUCCAGGGGCUCAGGAGGGCCAGCGCCAGCACCAAGUACCCAGAGCUGGCCUCGCCCAACACACAGAGGAUGGUGAGCAGUAAGUCUCUGGGCCGUCCCCCGAGCCUGGCCCACCUGGACAAGCUCAACUCCAACAGCCUGGACUCGUGCGUGUCCAUCCAGGACCUGCCGCCCAAGAUCCCGCCGUACUCCAAGCUGCAGGACCUGGCCGGCUCGUCCUCUUCCUCGUCCUCCUCGCCGUCCUCCGUGGGCCCCGGCCUGUCGCUGUCGCCGUCGGCGCGCCUGACCCCCAGCCCCGCGCCGCUGCUGCACAUCGACUCGCCGGGCUGCUUCUCGGGGACGUCCCUGAGCCUGGGCGGCUCUCCGCUGCUGUACCCGCGCAUGUCCGGCCUGCACCGCAGCAUGGAGGCGCUGCCCCUCCACAUGAGCCUGCCGCCCAGCGCCAACGAGCUGUCGCCGCGCCAACGCGACCGGGACGACGCCAAGGCCGGCGGCGGCGGCACCUGGGGCGCCGGGAGCAGGACAUCCAUCACCCUCUCCGACAGUCUUCACACAGACCGGAAUACUCUGCCGAAGAAAGGCUUGAGUCGUUAUGACUCGGCUCCCGGUGGCCCAGAGGGGAAAGAGCGGCGCCACUCCCAUAAUGCCGUGAGCCUCACCGAGUCCGACAGCCCUCCUCAACUGCCCUCGCCCACUCACAUCGCACACAGCUACGCUGGCAAAACACCGCCCACCAACGUGGUGGCUCCCAUUCCGAGUGUGGGCGGAGUUCCACGCAUCACGCGUUCCAACAGCAUUCCCACCAAUGAGGCGGCUUACGACCUGUACGGCACCUCCCCCCUGGGCAGCUCGGUCUCGCUGGCCGACAGGCCCAAGAGCAUGCUCCGCUCCGGAUCCUUCCGCGAGCCCAGCGAUGACGUACAUGGUUCAGUCCUGUCAUUAGCGUCCAACGCCUCAUCCAACUACUCCUCGACGGAGGAAAGAGUGCAGGGAGAGCAAAUCCGCAAGCUGCGGCGGGAACUGGAGUCCUCUCAGGAGAAGGUGGCUAAUCUGACCAAUCAGCUCUCAGAGAACGCAAAUUUGGUAGCUGCGUUCGAGCAGAGCCUGGCUCUGAUGACCUCCCGCCUGAAUAGCCUCUCUGUCACCUCUGACCAGAAGGACUCAGAGCUGACGGAUCUAAAGGAGACCAUUGACGUUCUGAAGUGCAAGAACACUGAGGCCCAGACCAUCAUCCAUGGCGCUCUGAGCCCGCCAGAGGCCGCACCCAAAGAGCUGAGGAUUAACAGGCAGAACUCCUCAGAGAGCAUCUCCAGUCUGAACAGCAUCACCAGUCACUCCAGCGUGGGCAGCCUGAAGGAACAGGACCCCAAGAAGAAGAAGAAGAAGAGCUGGCUGCGGAGCUCCUUCAACAAGGCCUUCAGCAAGAAGGGCUCCAAGCUGUCCGCCUCUUACGCCGACAUCGAGGAGAUCGCCACACCGGAGUCGUCCGCCCCGUCCUCGCCCAAAGUGCACCACGACCAGGAGAACCCCUCCGCCGAGCAGAAGCCCUCAACGUCAACAGCCGCCGCCGCCACCUCAGGCCUGUGCAGAGAGCUGUGGUGUUUGCCAGGGAGCGAUGCGAGAGACCUAACAUGGGGACCAGGUGAGGGUGAGGAGGCUGGCGAGGGUGAUGAUGGUGAGGAGAAGGUGGUGUUGGGGCUGCGCUCGGAACUCUGGGAAAAGGAGCGCAAGCUGACAGACAUCCGUCUGGAGGCGCUAAGCUCCGCCCACCAGCUGGAGCAACUGCGCGAGGCCAUGACCAACAUGCAGGCAACGGUGGAGAACCUGAAGGCGGAGAAUGACCAGCUUAAGACUGGCACCCCCUCCAGGCCCUCUAGCUCCACCUCCCAGUCCUCAGGGCUCAUGUCAUUGGGCACCUCGUCACCACGGCAAUCCAUCGCUGCAUCAUUGCCUAAGACACUCAGCAUGAGUAUGGGAGAGAGUGGAGGACCAGAUGUGCUGCCGUCCACCACGUUGGGUCUCCUGACGCAGAAGGAGGAGGGUCAGGUGCGGCUGGUGGUGCGUGUCCCUGACCAGCACGUCUUCAAAGAGGAGAUGAAGCAGCAGGACUUCUACAUCGGCUCGGUCCGGAUCACCCAAAAGACUGACUGGACCACUCUGGACACGGCUGUUGGCCAGGCCCUCAAGGAGUACCUGUCUCUGCUGGACCCCAGCUCCAGCCUGGGCCUGACCGGAGACUCCAUCCUCAGCUACAGUGUGGGACACUGCAGACGCACAAUGGGGGCCGAGGCCCCUGAAACCACCCCGUCACGAUGCCUCACCAAGAGCUCCACCUGCGUCAGCGUGACCCUCAAAGGUCUGCACGAGAAGUGUGUGGACAGCGUGGUGUUUGAGACGCUGGUGCCCAAGGCCAUGAUGCAGCACUACAUCAGCCUGCUGCUCAAGCACCGGCGCAUCGUGCUGUCCGGCCCCAGCGGCACCGGCAAGUCCUACCUGGCCUCCCGCCUCACCGAGUACCUGGUGGAGCGCAGCGGCCGCGAGCCCUCCGACGGCGUCUCCAUCACCUUCAACAUGCACCGGCAGUCCUGCAAGGACCUGCAGCUGUACCUGUCCAACCUGGCCAAUCAGAUUGACCGGGAGACCAGCACAGCCGAGAUCCCAUUGGUGGUCAUCCUGGAUGACGUGCAUGACGCCGCCUCCAUCAGCGAGCUGGUCAACGGCGCUCUGACCUGCAAAUAUCACAAAUGCCCCUACAUCAUUGGAACAACCAACCAGCCGGUGAAGAUGACCCCGAACCACGGACUUCAUCUCAGCUUUAGGAUGGUGACCUUCUCCAACAACGUGGAGCCGGCCAACGGGUUCCUGGUGCGCUACCUGCACAGGAAGCUGGUGGAGGGGGAGGAGCCUCGGAGCCUGGCCAGCAAGGAGCUCCUGCGGGUGCUGGACUGGGUGCCCAAACUCUGGUACCACCUCCACGCCUUCCUGGAGAAGCACAGCACCUCCGACUUCCUCAUCGGCCCUUGCUUCUUCUUGUCCUGUCCCGUCACCGUUGAGGAGUUCCGUUCCUGGUUCAUUGACCUGUGGAACCAUUCCAUCAUCCCUUACCUUCAGGAGGGAGCCAAAGAUGGCAUCAAGGUGCAUGGUCAGAAGGCGGUGUGGGAGGACCCAGUGGAGUGGGUGAGAGGGACUCUCCCCUGGCCGUCAGCUCAGCAGGACCAGGCCAAACUCUUCCACCUGCCGCCCCCUGCCAUGGGCCCCGGUAGCCCCGGGCAACCAGGGGACGAGCGCCCGCAUAAGGAGACCCCGCCCAGUGGCACCGAGUCCGACCCCCUGAUGGCCAUGUUGCUCAAGCUACAGGAGGCGGCCAACUACAUCGAGUCUCCAGAGAAAGAGCUGGACCACAAGCUGCCCACUCUCUGAGCUCCUCACAGUGGACUGAUAUGGCAGGUCUGACCUGGGCCAGAGUUGGACCAGAUCUGAACCACAGAAGGGGUCAGAGGUCGGAGAUCCGCCCGGCAAUCAGCUGUAGCUGGGGGAAGGUACUCACCUCUCACAGCUCUGGAUCUGGCCCCGAUCUGGCUCAAAUCUGGCCCUCGUCUGGCACGGUUCUCCUGCCAUCAGAGCUAUGCGGGCCUGUAAAAUGAACUCUUUUAAAAGUCGUCAUUAUGUGUCAUUCAAUACUCCAGUAUUGUACUGUACUAUCAAGACGUGCGUAUGAAUCCCACUUGCUUACAAAUCGCUCCCGUGACCCAUCUUUCAAUUUCCCCUUCUCUUCAGCCAUGCCAAUCAUCAGUAUAUGUUUACAUCAAAAACAAACUGUAGAUAUGAUACUGUACUACCUAUUCUCACUGUCCGCCAUCACCCAUGGCCAUCUUAUUUUGGUUUGCGUUGGGAGUCAAACCCACCUGGUCAGUGAGAAACCUCCAUUGCUGUUUCACUGCUGCCCUCUUCAACUCAAGGAUACCGGUGCUACUCGCCUCAUCUCCACCAACCCAAUCUAGAGGCUCGCCCUGUUCAGGAAGGGAUGAAGCAAUCUGCUCAUGCAUACCAAUAGCAAAAACCAAGCGAAGGAACACCUGCGCUACCGUAGUCAAUUCACAGCCAGAGCAGUCCGCACACUAACAAACCCAUUUACUGCUAGUUCUGUUCACUGCUUAUAUUAGGGGAAAAGACAAACUGUUGUUUCUUUUUUUUUCUUUUUUUCUUUUGGUUGAAUGUCCAGUUCCAGUCAAACGAAAAAAGUCCAGCCCAGGCCAAGACUUUAACAUAUAUGCAGAUUUCUGAUGAUUCAGAUCCUAUUCAAUCAGGUCAGCAUGUUUGAUCUGGUGCUCAAACUAACAAAAUGCCUUAAGACAUCCACUGUCUGGUGUAGUUGCACUGAGAGAGAAGGCACUGAAGCAGGCAUAGAGUAGAUGGUAGUGUGUGUAGUGUGUGUGCGUGUGUGUGUGUGUGUGUGUUUGGGGGACAGCGAGCGGCUGUUCCCUGAGAGGACAGUGUGUUUGAAAAUUUGCACAGUGCAGCAAGGCAUGAAUGUCAGAAGGAGGACAGUACCCAGUUUGACCUGCAGGCCCACAAGUGUCCUGCGGGAGGCAGUAAAGAUGCCUAUAUGCUCACUUGUGUGAAUUCCAAGCUCAUAUUCAGCAAAGAGGUAAUUGUCCAGUCAGUAAACGUAUGAAAAUGUAUAGGAGCCAACCGUAGAGAAGGGGGGGAAAUGUAAUCAAGACUAUCACCCUGUUUUUACUUAAAUGAGUUCGACCUUGGAAAGGAUUCUUUUUGAAUGUUAAUGAGAGUUUUAGUGCAGUACAGAGAUAAGACCGUAUAGCCGUGUGCUUUAUAUCACUAGAGACGUGGAGUUGAGCUACAGCUUAGGAUUCAGUGAUCUCUUAUGUCAGAUAAGUAGGAUACCUCAGGCUUAAUUUACACACUCUCGCAUUAGUAGCAGUCAAACCACUCAAGUUAUAUGGUGCAAUUUUCUUCUAAUAUAGACCAAAUACUCAUACAUACCACGUCCUUGCAUAUUGAUUGUAAUACAACUGAGUAUAGGUACUGCAUAAGUAGACUGAUAGAUCCAUCAGAUGUGUGUGCUGUAUUAGGGCUGGUGGUAGACCAUUGUAGUCAAUUGGUGCUAUGAACUAACAUUCAUUAGACGCUCACCAGAGAUAGCGUGAGCUAACGGUUCUGCCCAUGAAAGCCAUCCAGUCGUCAUAAACGUCGUGAUCCCUCACCCAACGACACGUGUAACAUGAAGUCAUCCACUCUUAAUAUCAUCUUAUGACCCUGCACACUCUCCAGCGAUAUGAGUUUUUAAGUGCAGUUAACACCCAAUAUAUCUCAGUACAAUACCAGGAGAUUGAUGUCUUUCUUUUCCUCAGUGAGCUUAUGGCAGUGUUGUACAGCUUGCGCUGUGGGUGUCGACACUAGUAUUUCUUGUCGUUGUACAGUACACUGCAGUGAUCACACAACUUAAAAGGGAACCUGAAUCAGGUGAACUAAAGCUACUAGAUACCAUUGAGAUGUAAUGAAGCCUGAUUGAGUUCCCUAAAAUAUGCAGUUGCAUUGCAUGCAAUAGAUAGCACUGGGGUUUACACACAGACUGCAGUGGACUAGUAACCUUUCCAUGGGUCAAAAGCCAAAAGUCAGAAUAGGAGCAUAUAGCACUUGGCUAAAGUGUAUGUAGAGUUGAACUUCUAGCUGGGCAGACCACAACCACGUAGAUGGUUGAACGACUCAUCAUUUCAAAUAUUCCUUCCUUUUCUAAACUAUUAGAAGUUUACUAUUAGUUGUUUUAUACCUCUACAUGACUACCACUGUUCAACUGUGUCUGUGAUUGAAUGUCAGAUUGGUUCCUUCAUUUAUACAGUAUAACCACAGAAGUGAUGCCAUGUUUGUGAAUGGUUAAAAUAAUAACUUACAUCAUACACGCUAGUUUAAGAAGUUACAAAGUAGUACCCGAGUCAUUUUUACUGAACAAGCCUUUUAUACUUUUGGUUGUUUCUUAGCUGCAACUAAGAGCUUUAUCUGAUUACUUUGAGACAGUCCGGCCGCAGAAGUCAUCGGCUUUGGCCUCUUUCCCUUGUGGAUGUGCCAGGUAGCACAGAGGGAAGCAGACGUGCAGUAAUGUUUCCGUAUUCCUAUGAUGAACAGAUAAGAUAUGAGACACAUGUGCUCAGAUGUGACCUGACGGAUGUGGGCCAAUUCUGCUGCGGUCUUGGCCCAGAUCCGGCUGACAGACGGGCCGGAUUCGGCUCCAUCUAUCCUGGGAGACCCUCAGCCCCGUCUGCCUCCCGUACACCAUCCCCGUCCUUUCUGCCCUCCUCCAUCCUGUGUGAACAAAGUGUUGGUACCAGACGCCAUCCUGUCCUGUCUCCAUCUCUCUCCCUCUCUCUCUCUCUCUCUCUCUCUCUCUCUGAGUGUCGUGCCUGUUCUCUGUUAUGGAUGUGCUGUGUUGUGCUGGGACAUUUUCACUUUAGAAGACUAUACAGCAACUUCUACUGGCAAAAGGAAAACACUAAAGAUCCCCUCUCCCCCGCAGGUGUGAUAAUUAACUGUGGUUUAUGAGGCAUGAUGGGAAUGUGUUUUUUGUUCUAAUUCUGUUUUUGUCCUUUUUUUUUAUUGUUGUUUUUUUUACUUUUAUUUUCUUUUUUGUUGUUGUUUUCCCUCACUUGGAUAGUGCGAUGAACAAAGGCCUCUGCCAAAUGACUAAACAUUGCUUUUGUCAUGGUGGAGGUCUGUUUUUCUCCAGUGAGGUUUCUGGGGCCUACAGUACAGUAGCUCUAUGCUGUGGGAGGGAGGCUGGUUGGGUUCAAACCUAAUACCAAAAACGUCUGACACAAGGCCUUACUUCACUGAGUUGAAUGGGGAGGGACCUCCACUGGAAGAAGCUAAGCGUGAGCUGUGAAUUCAGCUGUCUGGUUCUCUGUGAGGAGGCUUUUUCUCUGUGUUCUUCCCCCCUCUUUUUCAAGUGCUGAUAGAAAAAAAACAAAAACGUUUUUUCAGAUAUGUUGAAUGAUUUAUUGAAAUUUGACAAGUAAUGUAUCAGGGGGGUACAGUUCUUAAACCCUGAGACUUGGGUUUAAUGUUCUCCCCAAACUAGACCACUACAGGUUGCUGCAUAGUCACAUACAUCAUGUUAAGCUUUUUACUGAGUCAGUAUGGAGAAAAUAAAUUGAUAAAUAAAUAAUUAAAAUAAAGGUUCAGUGAUGGUAUAUCUGAUGUAACUUACAGUGUGCAAUGAUGGAUGUGCAGUUACUAGACCUCUACAUGUUGUAAAUGCAUGUCGCUUUGGUGUUGAACUGACACUUAAAGUAGCGUUAGGAGAGGUUUUCAAAGGAAUGCAUCUGAUGAAAUUCAUAUUUUUCUUUUUACAGGUAUUCCUCUCCCUAUGUGAAAUCCUUUAUAAAAUUCCAUACCAAUUUUGUACAGGUCAUCAUAUUAUUGUAAACAUUGUAAAUAGUUCUGCAUUUGCGACAACAAUCAUAAACAUAACAUCUACAAAAAUAUGUGUGGAAAGGUAGAAAACCCUUUUUCUUCAGUUCUUUGGCACACAAGAACAUGUAGGCAUGCCUGUACAUCUGUCCAACAUUUAUCCAACAUAUCCAUUUGUCUUAAUAAAGCCAUGUCAUUCUUUGAGAGUU